UUAAUGAUAGAAGCGAUAACAAGCAUGGCUGUCGUCGUCGAGAAAGAAAUCUUUGCGAAGAUCUUUUGUCUUUAAAUCUCCUUAAUUGAGUAAUUAAUCCCUUCGUUAAUUGAUCGCCGAAGUUGUUGAAGGUAACAUCAGUUCCGAAGCAUCAUGCCACGCUACGGACAGCUCGUCGUGGGCCCGGCCGGUAGUGGUAAGUCGACUUAUUGCCACAAUUUGCAACAGCAUUGCGAAGAAAUGAGGCGGACAGUCCAUGUGGUCAAUCUCGAUCCAGCAGCCGAACAUUUUAAAUAUUCUAUGUUGGCAGAUAUUCGGGAGUUAAUCAGUGUUGAAGAUGUGAUGGAAGAUCCUGACCUGAAGUUCGGUCCAAAUGGUGGCUUGAUAUUCUGCAUGGAGUACCUUGCGGAGAACAUGGAUUGGUUAUUUGAACAGCUGGAUGAUAUUGAAGAUGACUACAUCAUCUUUGACUGUCCUGGUCAGAUCGAACUCUACACUCACAUCCCGGUCAUGCGACGCCUCGUAGACACACUGCAGAAGUGGAACUUCCACCUGUGUGCCAUCUUCUGCAUUGACUCCCAGUUCAUGGUCGAGUCGUCCAAGUUCAUCAGUGGAGUGCUGUCGGCAUUGUCCACCAUGGUCACGCUGGAGAUCGCGCAUGUCAACGUAAUGACCAAGGUCGACCUCCUCAGCAAAAAGUCCAAGAAGCAACUGGAAAGGUACCUGGAGCCUGACAUGAUAACUUUAUUAAACGAGGAAUUCAACGAGAAGAAGCACGGGAGCAGGUUUCACAAGAUGAACUCCCUAAUGGCUCAGAUGGUGGACGAUUACGGCCUUGUGUGUUUCAUGCCUCUGGACAUUAGCGAAGACGACAACAGCAGCCUGAACGACAUCUUACUUCAAGUCGACAUAGCAAUUCAAUAUGGAGAGGACCUGGAGCCCAAGGAGCCAAGGGAAAUUGAAGAGGAGCAAGAUGAAGGUUAUGGUUGAUCAGACUGUUGAACAUCUGUAUGACUUUCAUUUAUUUUUGUAUAUAUAUACAUAUAUAUGUGUGUUGUGUGUGUAUAAACAUAUAAUAUAUAUAUAGAUAUAUAUAUAUAUAUAUA